AUGGCGUCAACAUCAACAGCCGAGCCUUUUUACCUGCGUUACUACUCUGGCCACAGUGGCCGCUUCGGCCAUGAAUUCCUCGAAUUCGACAUCCGUGUCGUUGGUGACGGGCGCUCGGCGGUGGCACGGUACGCCAAUAAUUCCAACUAUCGAAAUGACAGUCUGAUCCGCAAGGAAAUGUGCGUGUCGUCGCUGGUGGUGGACGAGAUCCGGCGCAUCGUCAAGAGCUCUGAGAUCAUGAAGGAGGACGACGCGAAGUGGCCCCAGAAGAACAAGGACGGGAGGCAGGAGCUCGAGAUUCGCAUGGGCAACGAUCACAUCUCCUUCGAGACAGCCAAGAUUGGGAGUCUGAUUGACGUGACCGAGUCGGCCGACCCCGAGGGCUUGCGCGUCUUCUACUAUCUGGUACAGGACUUGAAGGCGUUGGUUUUCAGUCUGACGAGUUUGCAUUUCAAGAUCAAGCCUAUUUCUUGAGGUGUUGAGGGGAGGGAAUGGACUUGUGAAAAAGUUACCACGCCUGGACUUCUGGAACCUGGAAUGCGAAGCAGCUCAAGCAGGUUAACGACCAGUUUAACAAGGAUGAUCCGUCGCAAAAAAGGGAAGGGCGCUGUUCCUCACUGCUGAAAGGAGCAACAUGGAAUGAUGGCAAAGGCUGCAGUAGCUGCAUCGUCAAUGAUGGAUCGAGCCCGGUGAGCCAAGACACAGCAGACCUGUGGCAGACUUGUGGGUGAUAGCGCAGUCUUGGGAAGGCAUUAUGAAUCAUGUACAUAUCUUCUCAGCCUGCUAUCAGUUCUCACAGCUAGGCGGCCUACAUCAGGACAUAAUAUCAAUACCCGGCGGAAGCAUCAUA